UGCCAACCUCAGAAAAGCCACCACCAGCCUCUCUACCUGUACGCAUUAUCCGACCAUGGAAGUGCCGGUACUAGCACCUCGCGAUGGCAAAGAGGGGUGCCAAACGAACUGUUGGCAGACCUUACAUCUUUCGCCUGGCUCCGACGUUGCGCUGAUUCGAGCUCUGCUGCGGUGGGGCGAAGGAAAGUGUCAACGGUCACUGGAACACCUCAAGAGUUUGGAUCUCCCCAUUGUGAAUCGCUUGAUAUCUGCCACAGCUACCGUUGCAGGUCGUAUAGGGCUGCAAGGAUGGGUAGACUCAAUCGUCCAGUGCUGCGACCCUCUGACUGCAACCCUCGACAAGUUCCUGGCUCAAAACCUCUUGACGACCUUGGCAUUUGCGUUAGACCAAUCCAGCCAACUGGAAAGCGGGCGCGAAAGAGGUCUGGAAGAACGCAUUAUGCAACUUGAAUUGCACGUUGAAGAGCUGCACACAAAAUGGCUCAAGGAAGUGCACGACAAGGAACAAGUAGUGCACGAGCUCCAUGAUGUGCGACGAAUGAACGACGUGGUCGCUACCUCGCAUGCGGCGACCGUCUCAAAGCUGGAAGAUCAGCUUGCGUUGCUGAAACGUAAAAUGGUGGCCGACCAAGAAGCCAUGACCACUGGAUCCGACCUUCAAGUUGGCCACCUUGAAAGGGAGUUGGCGGUCGCAAAGCAACAAUGUGGUCGGUUACAGGACGAGAAGGCAGUGUUGAGUGCGAAAUUGGCACGAACGGAGCAGAAACUUGUGUGGGCCAUGUUGUUCUUAACGAUUCGAUCGCAAAACGACCAGAAAACAACUAGCGUUACGGGUACAGUGUAACUUGGACUAGUGCAGCCACCACCCCAUAAGUUAAGUUACCAGAAUGCGUACAGUAUCACGAACAAUAUUACGUUUGCUUGAGGGCAA